CAUGAUCCUCCCAUCCAUCGUCGAUUCCUCGUUGCCUCCGGCCGAAGCCCAUGUAUCCGCCCCCGUCGCCAUCGGAGCUUCCAAAGCAAACCGCACGCAGUCACGCCAUACCUGCCAAACCCCAACGCCAUCCUCUAUAAACGUUAAUCUCGCUGGCGCCCCUCCUCCCCAUCCGCACGCUCUCCUCCCCCCGACUCCGAUCCCUCAUGGCCGCCGCCGCCGCCGCCGCGCUCGCCUCACCGGCGGCCCUCUCCGCGUCGCCGGCGCGCCGGGGCCUCGUCAGCUUCGCUGCCCCCGCGCUCCGCUCGGGCUCCGGCACCCGCGCCGUCGCGCUCUCCGGUGUACGAACUCAUGUUGUGGCUGUUGAGCAAGCUGUUGUACAAAAUGCUACUAAGUUGGAAGCUCCAGUAGUUGUUGUUACUGGUGCUUCCAGGGGAAUUGGAAAAGCCAUUGCAUUAACUCUUGGAGAAGCAGGCUGCAAGGUCUUGGUGAAUUAUGCCCGAUCUUCAAAGGAGGCUGAAGAAGUCUCCAAGGAGAUUGAAGCAUCUGGAGGCCAGGCCAUCACCUUUGGAGGAGAUGUUUCCAAAGAAGCUGACGUUGAAUCUAUGAUAAAAACAGCAGUUGACACAUGGGGAACAAUUGAUGUACUUGUAAAUAAUGCAGGAAUCACACGGGACACAUUGUUGAUGAGAAUGAAGAAAUCACAGUGGCAAGACGUAAUUGAUCUGAAUCUUACUGGCGUUUUCCUAUGCACGCAGGCUGCAACGAAAGUAAUGAUGAAGAAAAAGAAGGGAAGAAUUAUCAACAUAGCAUCAAUUGUUGGUCUAACUGGUAAUGCUGGACAAGCUAAUUAUGCUGCUGCUAAGGCUGGAGUUAUUGGGUUCACAAAGACAGUUGCUAGGGAAUAUGCAAGCAGAAAUAUUAUUGCAAAUGUUAUUGCUCCUGGAUUAAUUGCAUCGGAUAUGACUGCUGAACUUGGAGAAGAGAUUGAGAAGAAAAUUCUGUCAACUAUCCCCUUAGGGCGAUACGGGACGCCGGAGGAUGUAGCAGGCCUGGUGGAAUUCUUAGCCCUCAGCCCUGCGGCAAGCUACAUCACUGGACAGAUCAUCACCAUUGAUGGUGGGAUGGUAAUGUAAGGCGUUGGCAAACUCUCGCUCGGCUUCAAUCCCCCCGCGCCCUAUUAUAUUUGUUAAAAGAAGACUAAUCAACAGUGUUGAUGUGUUCUCUUUUAAAAGGGCGAUUUGUUUUGUGCUGCAAUUUUUCUAGUAUCUAGUUUAUAUGGAGAGUGGGACAGUACGGAGAUAGAAAUGUAAGAGAUUUGCAGGCAUAUAUUUAAAUUCCUUUCUGAGCGA